AUGUCAACAGAGAUGAAAUAUAUUAUUUUCCUGUUUGCCACCCUUGUCUGUUGCUUAGCAGUACGUCAGCAGGCAGUUGGUGUCACCGGUCGACUCAUGUGUGGAGAUAAACCCGCAUCGGGCGUGAAAGUCAAAUUGUGGGAUGAAGACGAUGGUCCUGACCCCGAUGAUCUUCUUGACCAAGGAGUUACUGAUGCCCAGGGGAAUUUCAAGCUAAAGGGUUCGGAACGUGAAACAACUGACAUUGAUCCAGUAUUUAAAGUGUAUCACGAUUGUGACGACGGCUUGAAGCCCGGUCAACGAAAAGUGAAAUUCCGCAUUCCCAGCUCUUACAUAUCAGCUGGAGCAUCACCAAAACGUAUGUUUAACAUCGGCGUGCUCAACCUGGAAACCAUUUUCCCCAAGGAGGAACGUGAUUUUAUCUGA